GGUCGAUCCACAGCGUGUUGGGAUACCUCCGGCACUGUUGUGGGAUGUGAGAUUGCGCUGGCAGUCUUCACGAGGUCGUACCUUGCGCCCGUGCAUGCAUUGACGUUGUUGUGAUCAAUACAUGAAUUUCGGACGCCGAGCAUGGGCGAAUGGAUGUCAAUCGAUUUCGAGGGCUGGACAAAUAUCUCCGCCCGCCCAUCAGUGCAGUGGGAGCUCGGCCCCGCUGGCGGUGCCCAGCAAGCGCAAGGCGGGAUGCUCGACGGCACCCACGCCGUGCAGCUCGAUAGCGCAGAUGUCGGCUUGCCAGACCGGCGCUGAUUGCCCAGCAUCGCUCGAUGCAGAAGCCACAUCGCCCGACUUCAGGCACGAAGCCAAGCGCCUGAGGAGCCUUCAGAACGGCUCCUGCAGCAAUCUGGCCUCCCUGCAGUCAGAGCUGGACUUCAGCCUGCUCCUGGACAUACCUGGCCCCAGCCCAGUUGCGCAGCCACAGACCGACGAGACAGGCCUGCUGCUCUGCGAAGAGGGAUUGGAAUGCAAGGACGCCAGCCCAACAGCGGCACAGUUCGGCCCGGAGUGCGAAUCGCCGCAUCCGUGGGAGGGUGUGAAGCAGGACGCGCGCUGCCGAUCCGCCAGCACUCUGGACAGCCAGCAGAGCGAGGGAUCCAGCUUUGUGGUGCCCAAGCGGAAAUACAGCGGCGACUUUGACGCAUGCAGUUCGCCAGAGGAUUCUGCGGUCAUAGACCCCUGCGCAAUGUCCACAUCUCCCUCAUCCUCUGGCAACUUCAGCUACCGGCCAGUGCCGGAGGAGUCCCUGAUCGGCUGCAUGGCAACCAUGUACGGUUUCACCCCCUGCACAAUCUCGGUCGGCACCGCUUACUUCGAGCGCGUGGCCGCGCGCGACCCGACGCUGCUAGCCGCCGCGCGCGCGACGCCGGAGUUCACCGCGUUUGUUGCGACCACCCCGGCCAAUCCGCCCCCGCGCGCCAACCGCCCCAUCGGCUCCGCCCACAUCCACCUCGGGCCCAAGCACUGGCUGACGGCCAUCCACUUGGCCUGCAUCUACAUCGCAGCCAAGAACGUGGAGUUUGUGCCCUACAAGAAGCUGCUGUCCACGAUGCUCUCACACGUGCACAACCGAGAAGUUGCCGCCACGGCCGCUGCCGAUCUGGAGCUCGAGGUGCUGCAGGCACUCCAGUGGCGCCUCGGCCCGUUCUUCCGGCCCGCGCAGGCGCCCUGAUGAGUCACCCCGAUGAGCCACCUGGAUGACUCACCCCGGCCGCCGCCGCGCC